UUCGGGGCAUUUCAGGGGGCGCAGUGUGAAGGUGUCUUUGGCGAAGGGCAGGUGGGGAAUUAAAGCUGAGAAGUAAGCAGAUAAACUACAAGAGGAACAGGGGUGGGCCGGGUAGGAAGAAGGCGAGGUGCACGCGGCGGAGGGGAGCGGAGGGAGAGAGCGCGCCGCCCGGGGGCAGGAGGGGCUGAGCCGGUCUCCCGCCCCGGCUGGUGAGCGUCCGCCGCGGGCCACGGAGGCCACACCUAGGGCCUACCCGCCCCGCGCUUCCCAGCUCAGCAGGAACUUGUUGCUUGAACCCGUUCAAGAGCCAGCGAAUGAAUGACCCUUUGGUCGGGAUGGGGGCUCCCGGGCCCCAGGGAGCUGCGAGUCCCACCGACUCCUCCCACAGCCCGGGGCGCAGCGGACCCUUUACGCGCGACGUGGGGCGCGGGGCUCCCGGGGCCCCCCAGGCUCCCUGCGGCCCGAGUGCGGCUCCCGCGGGGGCGAGCAGAGGCCGGGGCCGGGGCCGCGAGGGCUUGGCGGCGGGUCCGGCUCUCGGAGCGCACGCCGGGGACAAUCCGGACUGUGACUCCUGGGUCAAGGAGAAAGUGCUCUUUCUUCUGCACCCAGAGAGGUGGUUAGGGACUCAAGGGGACCCCGCGCAGGAAGAGGUGGCCAGUGGGGAGGACUUUCCUCAGGAGGCCGGAGACCACCGUGACCGAGAACUCAACUGUCCUGUUUUUCAACGAGAAAAGAGAAUUUCUGGCAGGCGAAUAGCCGCCCCCUCCCAAGCCCCGCCGCGGGACCCCGCAGCCCCCGCCAGAUCGGUGCUCGUGCGGGUCGUGGAUUAUCAGAUGACCCAAGAAGUGCUGCAGACCGCGUGGACGAAGGGUCGCAUGACCACGAAGACCGAGGAACAUUCCAUGACCGCGGUCACUUUUCGGACCAGUAGAGAGUGAGGCGAUCUGCGGGGCGCCGGGACCCCUGCCGAGCCCGGGUUCUCCUCGCCCGGAGAGGCGCGCCCCGGGUCUGCGCCGCGGAGAGGAACCGUUUGUCUCCUGGGAGCUCACUGAGGCCCGGAGGAGCUUAAACACCAAGGAGGAGUCCCAGGAGUGUUCCCGUCCAGUGCAGGAGAGAGGAUCCUUAAAAGAAAGUGCUAUUCCAGGAACCCCAACCUGCAAUUAACAGACAGAAAUAACCUUCUAAGAGGCUGGCGCAGCGCUUCAGCGAGGCAGAUAACACCAGCGACAGCUUGAAAAACUGUAAGCAGCAUAAUAUCUCCUAUCUGGUGAUCUGGGGACCUAAGUCAUUCAGAAGAGGGGGAGAAGGUAUUUUCAAAUAGGCAGAGCGUGGGAGUUUUGAAAUGAGACAACGAUGUUAAUUGGCAUUUACCAGUAACUUUCAAUUGAUCUCUCUUUAGGACUUAAGAGCAGAAAUGAAGUGUGAGGUCUGCUCUCAGCAGAAAGGGUGAAAGUGGGUGGAGAGAAGGGAUUGUUUUAAAAGUCUAAAGAAAAAAUAAGAAGAAAUAGGAAACUGAAACCAAACCAGCAAGUAAACAAUAUUUUUCUUGUCUCUGUCUUAUAAUGUGCACGGUUUUCAAUUUUCUCCCCACAAUUCAGUGUUAAGAAGAAAAAGAGAAGAGCUAGGGAAAAGGAAUUGUGGACAAAAGACACAGAAUAUUUGAUUUAGUCCAGGAAAAAUGCCUUUAACUUGGAAUUUUAAAUUUUAAUGUUAAAAAUACUGCCUAUACAUCUUCUAAUCUAAAAGUAGAUAGAAGUAUAUAAUUUGCCACUAAAUGAUUGCAUGUCUUAUUUUUGUCCAUAGAUCUUUAUUAAUGAGAUUUGUAGUUAAGAGUGGAUUUGUAAUCCCUCUCUCCUGGUGUUAAAAAAUCUCUCCUGGUGCUAUUGAAACUACUUAUUUUUCUUACUUUAUUUUAUUUUCCUAUUAAACUCUAUCUGUAUUAACUCUUUGGAAAUGGCCGGCCUGGUUGGAACUCUGGAAGAAGCAAUACAGCCCUCUAGAGGUCAGCUGCUUGACCUUAACCCUAUUGAAGAAAUAUUUGAGUCCUGAAAGAAUCAAUCAAACAAAUGGGCCAACCGAGGCCAGGAGGUCACACAGCUGGUUCUUGCAUGUGCUUGCUAAGUGAACAAAGAAUGUGAUUAUCUGCCUCCUCAGGGUCUGGUGAUGGCCUUCUGAGGAAUUUAUUUCUACGGGUCUCAAGAUGACUGAGGGCAUUCUCGGUUUUCUAACUCGCGUUUAUGAGAAGAACUAAGCCAUGUUGAUGUCCCUGAAUCCUGUAAAGCCUGUUGGCUGGAGAAUGACCACCAGUAGUUCUCAGGCCUGUGAGACCCUCACUUAAGAAAGGAAUUCAGCACCUGUGCUCAAUCUGUGUUCAAAGCUGCUUGACAGAUUAAAAAAAUUGUGUAUGAGCCCUAAGGAUGAAUUAUCUUUUUCACCAACAACCCUGGCUGGUUCCAAUGUGAAUUAAUCUUCUUGGCCGAUGAAUUUCAGACCUGAGCUUAUCAAUUUGGUUGAGUCAUCAGAUGUCUUGGUGAUUGGUCAUUGUCUGUAGACAAUAACAGAAAAGCCUCUUUUACAGUGAAAAGAAAUGAUAACAUCAGUCAGUGUCUUCUCUUUGUAGACAGAGUCAAGGUUCAACUACUUGGUUGGAUUCAGAACAGGCACCAUCUCUUACUAACUGCGUGUCCAGGGUUUUCCUGAACUGGGAGAAUGAGGAGCCUGAGGAAUCUUUUCUCAUUCACGGGUGUCUUGGGAAUGCAUCCAAAGUGAAACAGGCAUCCUCAGUACUAAGAACUCUCUGAGAAUGGCUGGGUCUUAGGUCUUUGAUCUUACCUUCACCUCACUGAAAAAAAUAGAAUUAUUUACAAUUGUAUUAGAUGAAUGAACUACAUCAAAGACUUCCAGAAGCCACCUGGCCACUCAAGUGACCAAGUGACUAUAAGACAAAUGUCUGAGUCACAUGGCCACCAUGGAUCAGGCAAGUGGAGCGGUCCUCUGCUCUUAAAACCCUUUGUCCACAGCCAUAAUGACUUUGAAUUCAUUACAUGUGACUUGCCAUCCUUAGUCUUUUUUUUUUAAGCUUUAGACUUUUAUAUCCUAAGCUGCUCUUAUUCUUGUUGGACAUUACCAGCACUUGGUGAUAAAACUUGAUGUGGCUCUUUGCUUUAACAAAAAAAAAAAAAAAGAAGAAGAAAAAGAAGGGAAAGUGUUUUGUUAGAAGAAUAAGUUAUACUCACUGCAGAAAAAUAACAAAAUUAUUCUUCUUGUUAGAAGAAUAAGUUAUACUCACUGCAGAAAUAUUAUUUUGUGAAAAAAGAGAAAAAUAGAAUAAAAAGAAACAAAAACUGUCCCCCAACCCAAACCUCUCUUAAUAUUAGUAUUUAGUAUAUUUCAAGUAUGGCUUUAUUUUAUUCUAUUUUUAUGUGUCUCCAUAUUAUAUAUACAUAUACUUUCCCAAGCAUAAACUGUGUAUAAGCAAAAUAACUGUGUAGUGUAACCUCUGUAUAUUUUCUUAGUUUUGUCUUUGUAUUAACUAAAUCUAUACUGAUGCCACUCAGUGUGCUAUUGUGAAUCAGCAGCAUGUGCUGGUGGUUUUCAGAAAUGGAGACUCUCAGGCCCUACCUCAGAGCUACUGAAUCAGAAUUUGCACUUAGACAAGACCUCUGGGGGAUUCAAAUUAAAGUGUUAGAAACAGUAACACCCUAUUUUAGUUUUGCAUUUUACUUCAUCAUUUGCUAAACUUAAAAAGCUUUUAUUUUUCCUAUAGGCCCCAUUAAUUUUCAACUAUGCUAUACAUUAAUAAUUUAUAGAAUUACAAAAACAUUUAGAGAUUUCAGGAGAGGGAAAUAUAUGUAUGGUUUUGUAAAUUGGCAAAGACAUCUGUAAGAAGUUUUGUCAUUUUUUCAUGGUAAAAUGAUUUUUUUUUUUAUUAAAUCAUGGCAGUGUACAUUAAUUCAAUCAUGGGGUACCCUGUGCUGGUUUUAUAUACAAUUUGAAAUAUUUUCAUCACACUGGUUAACAUAGCCUUUCUGGCUUUUUCUUAGUUAUUGUGUUAAAACAUUUAUAAUCUACAUUUAGUAGGUUUCAUAUGAACCCUUGUAAGAUGCACUGUAAGGUCUUUUUUAAAAGCCUAUUAUUUUAAAUAUUUUUCUAGUAAACCAUUGAUUUGUUAUUAGAUUCCAAACUAUUUUAGAAAUAAGGUUCUUUCAUUAUCUAAGAAUAUAAAGUAAUACACUCUCAGAAAACUCCCAUCAGAGAGUCAUUAACGUAUUGCACAAGGUCAGCCCCUUGCAGGCUGAGUGCAGACUUGUCAGGCGCCUAUAAUGAAUUGUGAGGGGGCGGGGAAGAAAGAGAAUUCAAAUCAACUGAUUCAGAUAAGGAAACAAAAGGCUGUGACUUUUGGACACCCUGACAUCUCUGUAGCUGCAAUCAGUACUUUGCUCUUUAAUUAGGGAGAGCAAAUAUUUGUGAAUUCACUUCUCUAGAUGUAGAUAAAGUCCAGAGUACUUUGGAGAAAGUAAAGGGUUAUGAUCAGUAGUUAAGGCACUGUGCAGCCAAGUAGUCACCAACAAAAGGUUAAGGCAAAGUGAGGAAUUAACUGAAGUCAAACUCAGAUUUUUAAGUGUAAAACAAAGUAAGAAUACAGUGAAGGGACCACAGUCUUCAUAAAAAUAGAACAGAGGUGGCUCGACACCCAUAUCUCAGUGGUUAGGGCGCCGGCCACAUGCAGCCGGGCUGGUGGGUUUGAACCCAGCCCUGCGCUGCUAAACAACAAUAACAACAAAAACAACAAAAUAGCCCGGCAUUGUGGUGGGCGCUUGUAGUCCCAGCUAGGCUGAGGCAAGAGAAUUGCUUAAGCCCAACAGUUGGAGGUUGCUGUGAGCUAUGGUAACAAGGUACUCUACCGAGGGCAGGGCGACAUAAUGAGAUGCUGUCUCAAAAAAAAAAAAAAUGUAUAUAUAUACAUACACACGUACACACACAGACACACACAGAGGCUGUGGGUUCAGAGCUUGGAGUAAGGAAGCAAAGGCAAAAGAGUGCAAUGGGAAAGUUUUAUAGUGACCAAAAUGAUCUUAACAUUUCCCUAGCUUGACUAAAGUUUAGAUAGUCUCCUUUCUGACUAUCCUGACCUCCCUUCUCUUUUGGAGCAUUUACUCUCAGAAAUGUGUAGUUGUAAAUUCUUGAUCUGUGCCUUUAAGAUGUAAAUCUUUCCCAAGCCUUUUGGUAAUCUUAACAAGGUAGUAAUGUCUGUGUUAAAGACCCAGAAGCCAUCCCUUUGAAAUGUAAUCUUUUAGAAGGACAGGGCUUCCAAAUCUUUGUGAGGGCACGAGCUCAACUUCUCUAAGUGUCAGUUAAAUUUAGAUGCCACAGUUAUACACCAAAGUCCCCCAAACAUUCUUCUCCAGUACUUUUCCACUAGCUCACCCCAGUACUUAAAACUUUCCCACCUCUUGUUUCGAAGGAGUUGAGUUCAAUCUCUCUUCCAUAAUGCAGUAUAGUCUGGAAUAGUCUUCCUUGUUUACCCAUGUCCCAUGCAAUAUUUAUUUGACAAUAGUGAGAAGAGAAAGGCUUUAGAGCCUUUGAUUGGAGCCUGUUGGCAUGGGGAAGCUGGAGGCAGGCUAUCAAGAAGGGUAGCUUCUUGCAUGAUUGGUUUAGAGCUUUCUCAGAUGGUCCUGAGUUGGAAGGAGGGAAAGAGAUGGAGAAGCCCAAAGUUCAUUAACCAAGAUCUUACCUCCUGAGCUGACUGCUACAGUGCUAUGGUUUGGCUUCCCAUGCUAUAGGCACAGAAGCUGUAGGGGGGCAUUCUGUAAGAAAUAGAAAUAGUGUCAACCACAUAGGGGUUUUUUCCUAGAAUUCAGCUAAAUGAGAAUUCUGAAAUGUAAUAAAAAAUAAAAAUUAGAUAUUAUAAUUAGUACUAGUAGUCAUGGUUUGUUCUUCCUGUUUAGUUGUCUUUUCAUCUUACCUGAGCUUUAUUCUUGGUUUAAUGACAAAGAACAAAGGCAUAUAAGACAAAGAAAUGAUAUCAGAUUCAAAUCUGUGGUUUUUACUAAGAUUCUUCUCAGUCUUUUUUCAUAUAUUACCAUCUAUUGACAUAGGAAACUGUCAGGCAUUGUUUAGCUGAGUCAGGAAGUCUUGGACCUCUCUGAUCAAAGUAGGAUGGAGGACAGGACAAGUUCUAACUGGUUCCAUCUGAGAUGAGGGGGAGGAACGGACUGUUUCUUGACCUUGUAGCUUCAUUAUACCCUCAUUACCACAAAAACUCUAAGGAAACCUCACACUCCCAUCAUGUACCUGAUGCCAGGCCAGUUCCAGGUUGACUAUAUUUAGUCAAAAGGAGGGCUUCACCCUAAUUCUGGGAAAACACUAGUCUUUUCCAAGAAAUAACAUGAAUAUUCCUCUUCUUGCUUAGCCUAGAAUUAAGCCAUUGCUUCCUUUUUAUUUUAAGAUUAAUGUAAGGGUACAUACAAUUAAGUUGCGUUGUUUAAAGCCAUUGCCUAAAUAAAAGGACUCAAAGAACCAUAAGGGCUGUUCUCUUCUGCAGGGAGAACUAACUAGCCUCUACUCUUGUCUGUGAAGAGAUUUUCUAUACUUCCUGAAUAAAAUUCAUUUUCACCUCAUCAUGUCAGUUCAAUCCUGUGUUCUUUCUCACAUGAAAACCAAGGAUGCACUUGCACUUGAAGGGAUUUCUAGCAUUGGGAAUUACGUCCCUAUAGGCAGUAUGAGCAUGGCCAUUGUCCGUCGGUAUAUUAGCCCUUUCAUUAGUGUUAGAGCAAUCUUGAAGACAAAGUUAGGAACCAGAAGACCCAGCCACAGAAUUCUUUUUUGGAGAUACUGUAUUACAUUAGACUUACUUCUUAGAAACAUCCAGAUGCGGCAUUGCAAGGAGUUUGUUUAUGGGAGUGAAAUACACAUUGGCAUAAUUUAGUCCUGAAUGUUGGCCCCCAAAAUGCCAUGUAAUAGAUUAGUGCUACCUUAUUGAAAGCAAAUUAAAGCCUACAUAGAGUCCACCUAUGCUUGGGGUGUUACCUAGUGGUCACUGAGGUUAUAGGAUACAUGAGUCUAAGAUUGCAAAACUUGCACCUAGCUCAAACCCCUGAGUGUUACAGCUGCUUUAUGUGCCCAUUGGAUCAUCCUUAGGCACAUGUUCUACUUCCAGAAACUCUUGUGACUUUCCACUUAUUUUGAAAGCCUCUGAGGUUCAUGGGGAAAUGAAUACAAUUGAAUACCCCUAAGUCAAGUUGGUUGGGAGAGGAUUAAGGAGGUAUAAAGGGUCCCAGACACAUAUUUUGUUGUGUAUAACACGUGCCUUUUAUCCAAAUUUUUGAGAGGAAAAUAAGGAUAUGCAUUAUAUAUGAGUAGUUGGCUUGGAAACAGGGGAGUCCAGCAGACCUCCCAAGGUGGGUGCAGGGUUCCAGUUAGAAGGAUCAGGAUCUGGUGGACUGGCUGGAGUGGUCUUAGCUAAACAAUGUGAUGGGGGAGGGGGUGGUAGCAGGGCUAGUGAGUUAGACCAUAGCCAUGCAGGGCAAAGGCUGGGGCCCAGGGCCUGGCUGUGCAGAGGGGACCCUGAGUUCCACCCAAGCCCGAGGGACCCACCUGGCUGCCUGCAGAGUCGGUUCCCAGAGUCGGCAGCUGUGGGAGGGUGGUGUGAUCUGCACAUUUACUACGGGAAUGUUAGCCCUCCCCAGAUGUUUCUCUCCUUCUAAGAACCAGCCACUUCUUGAGGGGAAUUUUCCCAAAAGUGUGGACAAAAAACAUGGAUGUGCAUUAUACAUGGCAAAAUGCAGUAAUUUUCACCAAACUAGGACAACGUCUGUAAGGCCUUUCUCACCGUCGUCCACAUGUCUCAGGGAAGCCCUAGCAUUCUGUGCACUUCCCAAGCCAACCUCAGUGUCGACCCAGGUCCCUGAGGUUAUGAUGUUUAAGCCAGACAAUCUUUUCAUCCCAGCUAGGUAGAAUCCAAAUUUAUAAAUACAAAAGGUUUGAGACUUCUAUAAACAUAUAAAUUUUCCUUUCUUAUCAGACUAUCAAGAAAAUAGACAAUUUUUACCAACCCAUGGAUUUGGGAAACCAGAAUGGCCUAGGUUAAAAAGUACAAAUGUAUAUGAGUAAAAAUAUGUAUGUAGUUACACGAUAUAUAACUAGUAAAGACUUUGGAGUCACACUACAAAAGGGCCUUUUUUCACAGAAUCAUGAAACUUUGCCCAUUGUAUUGAGGCUAACACUCAUGUAUUUAAUCCUGUGUUGCCCAGUCUUAUGGGCAUAUUAAACUGCAACAUCAAAAUUAGACUUCCACUUUUUCAAACUACAGUAAACAUUAUUUUGGGGAUAUUAAGGAAAGAAUGGGUAAUUGUUACAUUAUAGGUGAUUAUUUGUAGUCUGUGUUAACAUUUGAAAGCAUUUGGUUCAAAAACACAAAUGUGACUUAGAUCCUUUAACUGAUUUGCUUAAACCUUGGUGACCCAAAAUUUGAUGUGGCAAUUGCUUAUAGCUAUUUACUAAUUUGAGCAUGUAAAACAUGUAAUUGUUCCUGCCUUCCAGUUAGCACAAUCACAUUUUUAUAGUUAGAAAUGUAUUUUCUUGUCUA